CUUUUUUAUCGUCAUUUGGGCGUGAUAGGAAGUGAAAAUAGCUAACUAAGUCGCCAUGUUGGAUAGUAGAGAACUGUAGUAAAGUUAACGCCAUAAAGGUGUCUGACCAUGGAUCCUUUGCGUAAUUGGGCCCAGGAUGUGUUACGGUGUCAUCUCUGUGAGACCCCGGUCCCCCCUCUCUACUGUGCCAUUUGUCACAUACAUCUGUGUACAACAUGCGGGGGUGAACAUCUUUUAGAUGAAUCCCAAGAACACAGAGUGGUGCCAUUUAAAAAGAGGGGGUCUACUCCAAAAUGUUCAACACAUUCUUCAAAGUUAUGUGAACUACACUGUGAAACAUGUGACAUUCUUAUUUGUUCACUUUGUGUUUCCUCUGGUGAACACGAAGGACACAAACUAGUUGAUUCUAAUUUGAAAUGCCUCGAAACCAAAAAUGUACUGCAACAAGAGCUAGAAGAAUUAGAAAAUUUCAUUAAUCCUGUAUACCAAAAGAUUGCAUCCGACAUUACAGUUCAGAAAGCUGAUCUUAAGAAAAACUCAGAAGAAUUGAUGACUGCUAUUAACGAACAUGGUAAAGACUUGCAUAAAGAAAUAGACAACAUUAUACAGAAACUGAAAUCGGAUCUUGAUGAAAUUGAUUCCAAAAACUUGGCUCUCCUAAAAAAACAGGAAGAUAAAAUCACAAGUAUCAUUUCUGAAAUCACCAAGGUCAUUGCAAAACUGAAAAUGUUAAUGAAUUCUGAUGAUGUCAGACUCAUCUCAGCCUUCAAAUUCAGGAAUGCUGAAUUCAGAAGAUUGCCUCCUAAACUCACAGUGUCCUUACCAAGCUUUAUCCCUCAGAAUAUCAACAAAAAACAGCUUGGUUCUCUGUCAGUAAUAACAAGAUCUGACCCAUACAGUCCUACAAAUAUCGCAGAACGGUUCACAGAGCUGUACGAUGAUAAGUGGACAGGUGCCUUUGUAGAUUUGUCUGAAAAAUACAGCAUGACAGAGGAAGUUGCAAUAAAGAAAUUGGUACAAAUUACAGAGGAUUCAUAUAAGUAUUGCAAGGACUUUUCCAGCAAGAGGUACACAGACAUAGUAGCAGAUUUAACGCUAUGGAAACGUGUAGAGCCAAACUCCAUGCUGAAACCAUCUAUUCAGGAAAUGGGUGCCCUCGUCUAUGAGAGUUUUUAUAGAGAACUGGUUUCAGAUCAUGAAUGGAAGAAGAGUGUUGAACCGUUCAUAAAAGAGUGCGUUCGAAUCUGUUGGUUGAUGGUGGAUAGGGAUCAUCCCAUUUACAUGAAAUCCUCGGAAAAAAGGGGUAGUGAAUUCGAUACCAAUUUAUAUAAGCGUUUUACCAGAUUUGGACAGAAGAUGGAUUAUAUUGUUCGGCCAGCUCUUUUCCUUCAUGAAAACGGGCCUCUUCUUUGUAAAGGCAUUGCGCAGCCAAUGGCAGGAAAAUAAUAAUAACAAUUUAAUUGAAGAAACAUGCUUCGUAUACGUAGUUGCUCCAAAACAUUUCAUUUUAUUGUAUCUAUAUAAUUUACAGAUCAAUAAAGUUUUCAUCUUUGGAAGUCCAAAUACACGUGUUACGCAUGUACAGUGUAUUUGAACAUAA